ACUCCACAAAAUCGAAAGAGAGGAAGAAGAGGCGACGCUCAGAACAGCGACCUCAGGCGCACGGAGACGCGCAGAGAAGCCGCGGACAGAUCCGGGAUGGCGCUAUCAAAUGUCCUCGAAACUCCUGCAGCUGGGUUUAAUUUCGACAACGCAGCGAGGAAUGCUGCGUUAGAGGGUUUGUUUGAAGGGGGGCUGAAGCCCAAACCUCUGAAAACAGGCACCACGAUAGCGGGAGUUGUGUUCAAGGAUGGGGUGGUGCUGGGAGCAGACACAAGAGCUACCUCCAGUGAAGUGGUGGCCGACAAGAUGUGCGCCAAGAUCCAUUACAUUGCUCCAAAUAUAUACUGUUGUGGAGCAGGUACAGCAGCAGAUACAGAGAAGACCACAGAGCUUGUCUCCUCCAACCUCACCAUCUUCUCUCUGAACAGCGGGAGGAACCCUCGUGUCGUCAUGGCCGUCAACAUACUACAGGAUAUGUUGUACAGGUAUCACGGCCAAAUUGGUGCCAAUCUUAUACUGGGAGGAGUAGAUUGCACUGGGAACCACCUGUACACAGUGGGGCCAUAUGGGAGCGUAGAUAAGGUGCCCUACCUUGCAAUGGGAUCCGGUGAUCUGGCUGCUCUUGGGAUUCUAGAGGAUGGGUUCAAACCAGACCUGGAGCUGGAGAAGGCAAAGGAGCUGGUGCGUGGUGCCAUCCACGCAGGAAUCAUGAGUGACCUCGGCUCAGGCAACAACAUCGACAUCUGCGUCGUCACCAGACAAGGAGUGGACUACAUCAGACCGUACCAGGAGUCGGAGUUCAAAGACAACAGGAAAAUGAAAUACAAAUACCGUCCAGGCACGACAUCGGUUCUGACAGAGAAAGUAGUCCCCUUAAAGCUGGAGGUUGUACAGGAGACCGUGCAGCGGAUGGAUACCGCCUGACGCACAAUCGCACCACAUUGUUAUUCACUAGAUUUCAAAUAUGCGUAGUGAAACAUCGCAGACAUUUUAUGAACACUGUCAUUAUAGUUUCUGCUCUGCUGCUAUGCUUAACUGUGAUGUGGAAUAGAUGUAAUACUGCAGUACCACAGUAAAGAACUGGAAGGCUGCUAUUAGGCCACAAUGAGCCGACUGUAACAUGUUUUUACAAUAUGGAAAAAUAAUUAAAAAUCACUGAAUAAAAUCCUGUUUGACCUCUGUUGCCUGACUUUUGACUCACUCGUUGUAAUAUUUUGGUCCCUGACAUCAGCCCUGUACUUACAAUAAUACACCCAAUAAAAACAAGCGCAUCUAG